GAAAUAGUUGAGGUUGCAUCAACAAACUAUGAUACUUUAUGAAUGUGUUUGGCAGAUCCUUCGGCCUCAUCUGGUAGUAGUCACCAAGAAUUUUUGUUGAUUUAUUCUAUCCGCCUUGUCUUGUUGGCUAUCUUUCGCAAAAUGUUUCAAAGUUUCCAGAGCAGAUAGUAUUUUGAAUAGUUGCGAGAAACACUGUACGGCAUUUCCACUUGCAUGCUCCCAUGAGGAGCAUGUUCCCGUAGCUAGAAGAAACGCAAAUGGUUGACAGAUCGGACCAUUUGCUAAGCGUGGCUAAGCAUUGCAUUGCACACCUAUCUGUGCUUCUCGGGGGCUUCUGCAUUUUUCGACCAGUGCCCGUUAGAAAUGGAGGCAAGCGAAGGACACAGGCUGCACGAGAGCAUAUUGACACCCGGGGAACAACGGAAAAGGAAACUAGCCGGGGGCAGUUCCAAUGUUGGCUCAAAGCAAGAAGGAGGCGAAUCGCCCCGUUCAGUGGUAGAAAUUUCUGGAGAAGGACCAAAUAAACGGUUGAAAAUCCCCUCAACUAAUCAUAUGGAAGAACCAAGCUUCGACAGAGUGACGGACAUGGAAAAGGAAGUGAAGCAGCUCAGAAUUGAUGUCCUUUCCGCUAAAAAUGCGUGUCUCAAAGCAAAGCUGGACUGCGAGCAAGCCAGAUGCAGACUUUACGAAAAGGAUAAGAUUAUCGCGGAGCUCUCUGAAAAUGUUCGCCAAUUGAAUAUACGCCUUGAUGCGCAAGCUCGUAUUUAUGAGGGGGAAAUAUGCAGUCUGAAAACCCAAAUCAAACAUGAAAGCGAAGAACGCGCCAAUGAGCAACAGCAGAUGGCACAACUGGUUCAGCUGUUAAACCAAAUUGAGAAAGCUUCGAAAAAGCACGACGUCAAUUUCGAAAGGGGAGAAACCCAGUUUACGAAAGCAAUCCAGAACUCCGUCAUUGACAUUCAAUACGAGCCAUCUACCAAAGACUUCGGUAAUGAGGAUGAGCGUCAGACGGAUGAGGAUCCGAACGCAAGCGCGAUAAUCCCUGUUGAUGAAGAAAAGCUGAAACAAGUGGAAGAACAGAAGAAGAUCGAAGCUAUGCUAAAGAUUGAAAUCCCCCCAGAAGCGCUAGCUGAGGUCACUAAACAGCCUGGGCUGCGUGAGGACUUUCCAGUGGAUACUUCCGAUGCCAAACCAGUUCUUAAGCCUGUUCCAGAUAAAAGAAAAAGAGAGUUUCUCAUAGACAAGCGAUGGAAGACAGGUCGGGAUCAGAAACCCGAUGAGCUCGAAUAUCCCCCAGCACCGGAACCUGCCAACAUGCAUAAAUCUUCAGGACCGAACGCAGUAAUGUCAGCCACAAAACAUGGAUUAAGAUCGUCUAUACCCCCACAGUCUAUUAGUCGCAGCAUAAACCGUUUAUCUGCAGAUCCCCUUACCACACUGCGUACGGGAGGAUCCUAUUCCCAGAUGGGUUCGACAAAUGGCUUAAUGCCGACUGCGGCGGGAUCUUCACUUUCAGUGCAUCCCAAUGAGUCAGUACAGCCCGUCUACAACGCGACGACUUAUCAUGACGGAUACAAUCAUUACCCAAGAGAGCGAAGCCCAUCCAUGGACCAAUUACCACAUUCUCUCACGGGGCCGACUUGUAACUCGACUCUGAACACAGCGAACGAUGCAGGACGUCGUGCUGUACAGCUAUCAAUGAUGGAGGGAUUGCGCGGGACCGGCGGGCGCGCUGAAUCUGUUACGAUGCGGGGCUCUCCGAUAGAAUGUGUUCCUUCCAGAGACCAUGCAGAACAACGUACGAGCUUGCUUCGGACUCAUUCGCGAACGUCUCUACGCUCAUCUUCACCUAAAAUUGCUCAAACCCAAAGCCCCCCACUCGAUGAGACAGGAUGGGGUUUAAAGAGAUCGAUCUCCAAUUUGACAACAGAGCUCCCGACACCUGCGAUGAAGAAGUUCGACUCUCUGACGAGGAAUUCAAUCUCAGAGCACCCUAACAGCGCUGUUGCAGAAUACACUAUCGACACGCUGCGAAGCAUAAAAGAAGUCACAAUCUUUAAAGCCGCCGCGGCGCUUCAUCGCUUGGACAACACUCGCAACAUCCCAUGGAAGGAGUGCGAUCGAGGAACUGUGGCUGUUAAGGCGAUAUUAGGACAGCCAGAAACGGCGCGCUUAGUGAUGUACAAUGACUGUAAUGACAAGAAAGUUAUCAACUUCUUCCUGUCGUUUACUGUGGCCCUAAAAGUUGAACAGAGCGAUCUUAUCGUGACCACAUCCGAGAACGGGUCACCCACGUAUUUCAUUAAUCUCGGUUCUGUGCAAGGCGCGAACGACCUUCAUAGAGCGAUUCGAACUGCAACAAGCGCCCUUUCUUUGAAAGACAAAGGCCUCUGGUAUCUGGAGGUACCGUUGGCAUCUUCAGCGGAACAAUAUAUGUUAUGAAGACUGUAAAUAUACAAUAGGCUACUGUAGAAUGUCUCGGAUAAGCUCGAAUUCGUAAUCACGUCAUGUGGCUAAGCUUGUACUAAGCAAGACUGCUGCGCAAUGAAG